AUGGUGGAGAAAGAAGAAACUCAAGGUGGUGAACAAGAUGAUGUAUCAUUUUUAAGAACUGGUGAUAUUGUUGCAUUAACUUGUGUUUCAUCAAAUACCAAAGAUGGUGCUAUGGGUAGUGAAAGAGUAUGCCUAUCAACAGAAGGUUUUGCCAAUAGAAUGUGUGUUUUGGAGAAUGUUUCUGAUAAAGAUGUACCACCAGAUAUAUCACAAUGUAUGUUAUAUAUUGAUAAUGCAUUAAGUGUACGUGCAUUACAAGAAAUGAUGUCAGCUGAGAAUGAUGUUAAAGGUACCAGUGGUUCUGGUGGUCAUAAAACAUUAUUAUAUGGUCAUGCUGUACAAUUAAAACAUGUUCAAUCAGAGAUGUACCUUGCAUGUAUUAAUUCAUGUUCAUCUAGUGAUAAAUUAUCAUUUGAUGUUGGUGUUCAAGAGAGUAAUGAAGGUGAAACUUCAUGGUGGACUAUUCAUCCAGCCUCAAAACAAAGAAGUGAAGGUGAAAAAGUUAGAGUUGGUGAUGAUGUUAUUCUUGUUAGUGUUGCAACUGAAAGAUAUCUUCAUAUGGCUUUAGGAAAAAAUGAUCAAUAUAUUGUUAUAGCUUCAUUUCAUCAAACAUUAUGGAAUAUUGCUUCAGUUUCUUCUGGUAGUAUCAGAAAUAGAAAUAUGGGUGUUCUUUUUGGAAAUGAUGUUUUACGCCUUUUUCAUGGUAAUGAUGAAUGUUUAACAAUUCCAGAAAAUUGGAGUGAAAAUCAAAUUCAUAAUGUUGUUAUAUAUGAAGGUGGAAAUGCUGUAUCACAGGCAAGAUCAUUAUGGAGAGUUGAAUUAAUACGUAUGAAAUGGCAUGGUGCAAUGAUUGGUUAUGAUCAAACAUUUAGAAUAAGGCAUAUAACAACUGGAAGAUAUUUAGGUGUAUGUGAUAAUGCAGUAAUAUUAUUACAAAAAGAAAAAGCAGAUUUUGAGACAACUGCAUUUAUUAUGUGCCCAAAUAAAGAUCCAAAAAAAACUAUGCUUGAGGAAAAAGAAGAAGAAGGUAUGGGUGUUGCUACAAUAAGAUAUGGUGAAACUGAUACAUUUAUACAACAUCAUAAAACUCAAUUAUGGUUAUCAUAUCAAACAACAGAAGUAACAAAAAAAGGUUUAGGUAAAGUUGAAGAAAAAAAAGCUGUAGCAUUAAAAGAUGGUCAUAUGGAUGAUUGUUAUACAUUUUUUAUGGCACUUGAAGAAGAAAGUAAAUCAGCACGUGUUAUUAGAAAAUGUUCCUCUGUUUUGAAUCGUUUUUUAAAAGGUGUUGAAGCAUUACAAAAUGAAGGUAAUCAAGCACAAGAAUGGAAACGUGUAAAUUUAAAUAGUGUACUUAAAUUAAUGGAAGAUCUUAUUGAAUAUUUUGCUCAACCAACAGAAGAACAUACAUUUGAAGAAAGACAAGUACGUUUUCGUGCAUUACGUUCUAGACAAGAUCUUUUUCAAGAAGAAGGUGUACUUAAUAUGAUUCUUGAUACAAUUGAUAAAUUUUCACAAAUGGAAGCAUUACCAGAUUUUAAUGGUUUAAUUGGAGAUAGAAAUCAAGCUAUAUGGGAAGAAAUAUCAACAUAUCUUUAUUUACUUGUAGCUGCAAUGAUUAAAGGAAAUCAUAGUAAUUGUGCACAAUUUGCUGCUGCACAAAGAUUAGAUUGGUUAUUUGGUAGAUUAUCUAAUCCUCAAUCAGCUGAAGGUAUAUUAGAUGUCUUAUAUUGUGUCUUAACUGAAUCACCAGAAGCAUUAAAUAUGAUUAAUGAAGGACAUAUUAAAAGUGUUAUUUCAUUAUUAGAAAAAGUUGGUAGAGAUCCAAAAGUUUUAGAUGUAUUAUCAUCAUUAUGUGAAGGUAAUGGUAUGGCUGUUAGAAGUUCACAAAAUACUAUAGCUGAUCAUUUAUUACCAGGAAAAGAUUUAUUAUUACAAAGUGUUAUGAGAGAUCAUGUAUCAAGUGUAAUGCCAAAUAUUUUAGUUGGUGUUGUAGAGGGAAGUAGUUUAUAUCGUAAAUGGUAUUUUGAAACAGAAGUUGAACAUAUUGAAGGAACAACAAAAAGUCAACCACUUCUUAGAAUUGGUUGGGCUAAUACUUUAGGUUUUAAACCAUAUCCUGGUUCUGGUAAUGGUUGGGGAUGUAAUGGUUGUGGUGAUGAUUUUUUUUCAUAUGGUUAUGAUGGAAAAUAUAUGUGGUUUAGUGGUAAAGCUAGAAGUUGUGGUAAUAGAGUAUUUACUAAAGGUGAUGUUAUUGGUUGUUCAUUAAAUUUAACAAUACCAGAAAUAAGAUUUUAUCUUAAUGGUAUUUUAGUUCAAACAGUUUUUAGAAAUUUUAAUUUUGAUGGUUUUUUCUUUCCUGUAAUGUCAUUAUCUUCUAAAGUUUCUUGUCGUUUUCUUUUUGGUGGUGAUCAUGGUAAAUUAAAAUAUGGACCACCAGAUGGUUUUUCACCAAUUUUUGAAGCAGUAGAUAAAAAAUUAGAAAUAGCUGAAGUAUUAUCUUUUGGUGAUUUAACUAAAAAUAUAUAUUCUGGUACAUCAAAUAUUCUUAAUAAUAUUGAACCAUUUGUUCCAGAACCUGUUGAUAUAAGUAAAAUAACAUUAUCUUCAUUUGCUGUACAACAUCAUACACAAUUUGCUCAAAAUCUUCAUGAAUUAUGGGCUAUGAAAAAAAUAUCACUUGGUUGGACAUAUUCACCAACACGUUCAGAAACAUUAAAAACUCAUCCAUGUUUAAUAUCUUUUGAUCAAUUACCAUCAACUGAAAAAGAAUAUAAUUUAAAAUUAUCUAUUGAUACAAUGAGAACAAUUGAAGCAUUAGGUUAUCAUAUGGUUCUUGAUAAACCACCAACACGUAUGCGUCCAAUAAGACUUCCAAAUAAUUUUUUAAUGUCAAAUGGAUAUAAACCACAACCAUUAGAUACACAUGAAAUAGUAUUAUCAGAAAAUAUUGAAACUACAUUAGUAGAAGCAUUGGCAAAAAAUAUUCAUAAUGUAUGGGCUAAAGAAAAAAUUAAAAGAGGUUAUACAUUUGGUGUACAUGAAGUUGUAACAACAACACAAAAAAGAUCACCACAUUUAGUACCAUAUGAAAAUGUUGAUUCACGUAUUAAAGAAGCUAAUAGAGAAACAGCAAGAGAAACAAUAAAAGUACUUCAAUUAUUUGGAAUAUUUUUAGAAUCACCUGCUAUAGAACAUGAUGAACAGGCUGAGAAAGAAUUUACUGCUAAAAAAGCUUCUAGUAUAACAUAUAGAGCAGAAACUUCUUAUGCAGUUACAAGUGGUAAAUGGUAUUUUGAAUUUGAAGUUUUGACAAAUGGUUUUAUGAGAGUUGGAUGGGCUGAUAUUUCUUGUCAUCCUGAUACAAAAAUUGGUACUGAUGAUAAAUCAUAUGCUUUUGAUGGAUAUUUAGGUAAAAAAUGGCAUCAAGGUCCUGAAUCUUAUGGUAAAGAAUGGAAAAUUGGUGAUAUUGUUGGAUGUUUCUUGGAUUUAAAUGAUAGAACAAUAUCAUUUUCUUUAAAUGGUGAACUUUUAUUAGAUCCAUCUGGUUCUGAAAUGGCUUUUGAUAAUAUUAUUAAUAGUGAAGGUUUUGUUCCAUGUAUGACAUUAAGUGCAGGACAAAAAGCUAAACUUAAUUUUGGACAAGAUUCAAAUUCAUUAAAAUUUUUUACAACAUGUGGUUUACAAGAAGGAUAUGAACCUUUUUGUGUUAAUAUGUAUAGGCAAAUGCCAAUGUGGUAUGGAAAAAAUUUACCAAUGUUUAGAGAAAUUAGUCAUGUUGAUAGUUCAUUAGAAAUGUCUAGAAUAUUACCUACAUCAAAUACUCCACCAUGUUUAAAAUUAACAUUAAAAGCUAGUACUACUGAUGGUACUAGUUCUGAUAAGGCAAAUCAAAUGGAAUUUAUAAGAUUAAGUCUUCCUGUUAAAGUUAGUUCAUCAUUAAUAUAUAAUGAUGAAAAAGAAAGAACAAUUGAAGCUAUGAAAGAAUAUCAAUAUAGUCAUAUGAGUGAACGUGAUACUGAUAGUGAAAAAGAUGCUAAAAAGAAAAAAAAAGGUUUGCUAUCAGCAUUUGGAAGAAAAUCAAGACGUGAAUCAGCAGAAGAUGAUACACAUGGAGGAAAACUUACAAUUCAUAGUUCUAUAGGUGAAUUUGAUAUGUCAGAGGGGGCUGCUGCUCACAAACAACGUGAACGUCUCAAGAUUCUUCUUGAGUUUGGAUGUAAUUCAUAUAACAGUACUGUUUUAACUUAUCUUACAAAUGGAAUAAGUGAUACAGAAAAAAAAAGUUUCUGGAAAGAUUUUUUGAGCACACGAAGUGAAUGUGGAGAUAGUCAUUCAGAUUCACAACAUGAUAAAGUUUCUACAAAAUCAAAAGAAAAAAAACCUGGUAUAUUUAAAAGAAUACGUGAUGCUAGUCAUACAAGACAAAAAGAAAAAAUUUCUGUUCCUGAAACAAAAAAAUAUAGAACAACAGAAAUUUUACCAUCACAUGUUGUUCCACCAGUAAAACGUGGAAGUAAUGUUUUUAUAGAUAGUCAUCAAGGAAGUAUAGAUGUUUUAGCAGAUAUGCCAGUAUCUGGACCAGGAAGAAAAUCAUUUAAAAGAAAAGGAUCAAAAAGUGCUACACAUACCAAGACAUUACAAACAAGAGGUAGUGUUAUAUCAACAACAUUAGGUUUUGAAGAUCCAAAUUUAAAUGGUGAUAAAGAUAGUGAUGCUUCAGCAAUGCAAAUACUUGGUGAAGGUAUAAAUGAUUAUUAUUUUGGUUUAAGAAUUUUUCCUGGACAAGAUCCAUCAUCUGUAUUUGUUGGUUGGGUAACACCACAAUAUCAUUCAUAUGUUUCAUCAUUUAAAAAUAGUCAAGCAGUAAGAUCAUGUAAAUUUUCUGAACUUGAAUAUGGUGCUGGUGGAUUAUCAAUGCCUUUAGAAUCUAUUGAAUUUAGAAAUUGUUAUUUACUUAAUGCUGGUGAAUUACUUACAUGUGUUAAUGAUACAACAAAUACAAAAGUUACUGGUGUUUUAAUUGGUUGUGUUAUUGAUACAUCAGCUGGAGAAUUAAGUUUUUACGUGGAAGGACAAGAUACAGGAAGAAAAUUUAGAUUAGAAGCUGGUUUAAUGUUAUAUCCAGCUGCUUUUGUUAUACCAACAUCUAGUGAAGUUUGUCAAUUUGAGUUAGGAAGAGUUAAAUAUACCUGGCCAUUAAGUGCAGCAUUAUUUAAAUCAUCAGCUAAAAGUUUAAUACCAUAUUGUCCACCUAGAUUAGGAGUUCAAGUAUUAACACCAUAUCAUUGGGCUCGUGUACCAAAUGAAUGUUUAAGAACAACAGCAUUAAAAUUAUCUGAUAUACGUGGAUGGUCAGUUUUAUGUAAUGAUCCAGUACGUGUUAUGUUAAUUCAUAUUCCUGAAAAAAAUAAAUCAUAUGAUAUAUUAGAAUUAAUUGAAAUGCCUGAAUUAUUAACAUUUCAUAGGCAAACAUUAAAUUUAUAUUGUAAAUUAGCUAGUCAUGGAAAUCAAAAAGUUUCACAUAUUUUAUGUCAACAUGUAGAUGAAGAUCAAAUAAUGUAUGCAAUAAAAAAUCAUUAUCUUUCAGGAUCAAUGCGUCAAGGUUUUCAUGAUUUUUUAAUUGCAUGUCAUUUAAGAUCACAUACUGAUGCUAUAUUAAGUACUUCACAUGAAUAUGUUUUACCAUUAGUACCUGAAUUAAUGUAUAAAGAUGUCUUUAGUGAUGAUUCAGAUUGUCGUUAUCCACAUAUAUUAGGGCAAUCAUUAUGUAUAAGACCAAUAGUUAAAAGUGAUAUACCAAUUAAAUGUUUUACAAAAGAUUCUCAAGUAAAAUUAUUACCACCAUCAUUUAAUUUUAAUUCAUUAAAAAAUUAUGUUAUGUCAGCAUUUGGUGAAGCAAUGCAUCAUGCAGUAAUGAAUUGUCGUGAUUUAAUUGGUGGUAAUAAUUUAGAUCAUUUUGAACCAUUAUUUAAAUUAUUUGAUCAUCUUUUAAUUAUGGGAUUAUUUAAUGAUGAUGAAUUAAUAGAAAUAUUAAAAAUUCUUCAUCCAGCUGCAUUUGAUGAAAAUUAUAAACCUGGAACAAAAUUAAAAGGAAUUUUAGAUAUUGAUAUAGCUGAAGGUGUAAAAUUACAAGUUGUUAAUAUUUUAGAUCAUUUAUGUGAUAUACAAUUAAGAAAUAGAAUAGAAAGUUUAAUAGCAUUUUCAGAAGGUUUUGUUGGUGAAUUACAACAAGAUCAAUGUACUAGAUAUAUGGAUAUUAAACAAACAGAUAUGCCACCAGCUGAAGCUGCAAGAAAAACUAAAGAAUUUAGAUGUCCACCAAAUGAACAAAUGUAUAGAUUAUUAGGAUGUAAAAAGAAAGAAGAUAAAGAAGGUAUGAUGUUAGAUGAUGAUGUUGAGUAUGAUCAAUGUCCAAUGGCUGAAUCAUUACAAGAUCAAUUACGUGAUUUUUGUAGUUUAUUAGUAUCAAAAUGUGGUUGUAAUGAUGUUGAGGAGGAUGUUAGUAAAAUUGAAGAAAUAAUUGAUAUGGAUGAAGAAACAUCAUGGGUUGAUUCAUUAGCACAUCUUGUUGUUUCUGUACCACCAAGUGCUAUUGAUGAUGAAGAAAUUGUAGCAAAACAAGGAAGUAAAAAUUUUAGAAAUAUGAUUGUACAAUUAUUAAAACAAUGGGCAACUGAUAAUAUUAUAGAAUCUAAUGAAUUAAUAAGAAGAAUGUUUGCCUUACUUCUUCGUCAAUAUAAUGGAAUUAGAGAAUUAAUGGAUGCUAUGAAUAAAACAUAUGUUUUUCAUGAUAGAAAUGUUGAAGAUGUACAAAAUUUUGUUUCAUUUUUAAUGCAAAUAAGAGAAUUAUUAACUGUUCAAUUUGAAAUUACAGAAGAAGUAAUUUUAAAAAGAGCAUUAUGGCAAUUAAUGAAUAAUAGAAUAUUUUUUCAACAUCCAGAUUUAAUGAGAUUAUUAAAAGUUCAUGAAAAUGUUAUGACAAUAAUGAUGAAUGUAUUAACUGCUCAACAAAAUACAGUUGAAAUUGAAAAAGAUCCUGAUGAUCCAAAUUCAGGAGGUCCUAUAAAAGAUGCUAGUGAAAUGGUUGUAGCAUGUUCAAGAUUUUUAUGUUAUUUUUGUAGAACUAGUAGACAAAAUCAAAAAGCUAUGUUUGAACAUUUAUCUUUUCUUCUUGAUAAUGCUACUAUGUUAUUAGCAAGACCAAGUUUAAGAGGUUCUGUUCCAUUAGAUGUUGCAUAUUCAAGUUUUAUGGAUAAUAAUGAAUUAGCAUUAGCAUUAAAAGAAGAAGAAUUAGAUAAAGUUACUGUAUAUUUAAGUAGAUGUGGUUUACAACCUAAUUCAGAAUUAAUUACUAAAGAAUAUCCUGAUAUUGGUUGGGAUCCAUUAGAAGGUGAAAGAUAUAUUGACUUUUUAAGAUUUUGUGUUUGGAUUAAUGGUGAAAAUGUUGAAGAAAAUGCUAAUCUUGUAAUAAGAUUAUUAAUUAGAAGACCAGAAUGUUUAGGUGUUGCAUUAAAAGGUGAAGGUCAAGGAUUAUUUUCUGCCUUCCAAGAAGCAAUAGCAUUAAGUGAAGAUAUUAAUGAAUUAGAAAAUGGUAUAUCAGUUGAAUAUUUAAGAUCACCAAUUUUUAAAGAACAUCCUCAUUAUCCAUCAAAAGAAACUGAAGGUGAUGAUUAUGUUGAUCUUGGAGCAAGUAUACUUGAUUUUUAUUCUAGUUUAGUUGAUUUAUUAGCAAAAUGUGCUCCAGAUCCAAUGACAUUACAAGAAGGAAAAGGUGAUUCAGUACGUGCUCGUGCUAUUUUACGUUCCUUAAUAUCAUUAGAUGAUCUUGGAAAAAUUUUAGCAUUACGUUUUAAAAUACCAAAUCUUCGUUCUGUAUUAGAUGGUACGUUUAUUUCUAAAGUAAUUCUUCCCCAAAAUAAUUCCCUUACUAAUAUUGCAAGCAUUGCUGAUAAUUUAACAAAACAAAAUUUAAUGUUAAUUUGUAAUAAUAAUAAUAAUAAUAAUAAUAGUAUGCAUGAUGAUUUAAUGAGAAAUGCAAAAUCAUUAAAUGUUAUAUAUGAAAAAGAUGAAGAUUCUGGGCAAUCUAGUUAUGAUACUGCUUCUGAAUCUAUGCCAUGUUCACCAAUUAGAAAAGCUAAAAAUAAAGCUAGAAAAUUAAAAAAAAGAAAAAUAGUAAUGUUAAGAGAAUUUGAUAUUGAUGAAAAUUUAGAUUUUAUUAAGAUGGCUAAAAAUAGAAGAAGAAGAAAUACAAUUGAAUGUUAUAUUAAUAAUGCUGGUCCACAACCAGGACUUAUGCCAUCACAUAAGGCAUCUGUAUUAUUAUUCUUAGAUCGUGUAUAUGGAAUAGAUUCACAAGAAAUGUUAUUUUCAUUUAUGGAACAAUCAUUCCUUCCUGAUCUUCGUGCAGCAACAAUGAUGGAUUCACCAAAAGCAACAGAAUCAGAUACAGCAUUAGCAUUAAAUAGAUAUCUUUGUAAUUGUGUUUUACCACUACUAACAAAUCAUUCACAUUUUUUUGCUGAUGCUGAACAUCAUUCAGCUCUUCUUGAUGCAACACUUCAUACAGUUUAUAGAAUGAAUAGAUUACAAAGUUUAACUAAAAAUCAACGUGAUGCUGUAAGUGAUUUCUUAGUUGCUAUUACAAGAGAAUUACCACCAGCUAUGAUGAUAAAAUUAUUAAGAAAAGUUAUUAUUGAUAUACAAGAAAUGAAAGAUAAUGUUUUAGUACCAUUACGUAUUAUGACACUUCAUUAUGAAAGAUGUAAUAAAUAUUAUGGUUCUGGUAAUCAAUAUGGUGUGGCAAAUGAAACUGAAAAAAGAUUAUCAAUGUUAUUAUUUUAUGCUAUAUUUGAUUCAUUAGGUUCAAAACCAUAUGAUCCAGAAUUAUUUGGUAAAGCAUUACCAUGUUUAACAGCUAUUGGAUCAGCUAUCUCACCAGAUUAUUCAUUAACAAGUGGUAGUGAAGAUACUGAAUUAGCUAAAGUUAAAGAAGAUGAAGGAUCAUGGUCACCAAAACCUAUACCUAUUGAUAAUAUUGUAUUAAAAAAUGAAUUAAAUGAUAUGAUAAAUAAAUUUGCUGAACAUUUUCAUGAUUCAUGGAGUGCUAGAAAAUUAGAAAAAGGAUGGAAAUUUGCAGAUUUAUAUUCAAGAGUUGAAAAAACUCAUCCAAGAUUAAAACCAUUUAAAUUAUUAAAAGAUAAUGAAAAAAAUUUUUAUAAAGAUAGAUGUGGUGAAUGUGUUAAAUCAUUAUUAGCAUGGGGUUAUGUUAUAGAAGUAUAUGAUUUUGAUGCUGCUGAAAAAUCAGCCCAAAAUCAUGUAUCUUCUGGUACAUGUAUACAAGAUUUUAAUCCAAAACCAGUUGAUUUAAGUAAUAUGAAUUUAGAAAAAGAUAUGAUGUCAGCUGCUGAAAAAAUUGCUGAAAAUAGUCAUAAUAUAUGGUGUAAAAAAAUUUUUAAUGAAAUUUCAGGAAAACCUAGUAGUUUACCACCAGCAUUAGUACCAUGGGAUUUAUUAACAGAUUUUGAGAGAAGAAAAAAUAGAUUUCAUGCUGCUGAAAUAUUAAAAUUUUUACAAUAUCAUGGAUAUAGAGUUAAUAUGAGUAGAUCUAAUACUCCAGCAAAAGAAAGAACAAAAAUUGAGGGUGAAAGAGGUAAUGUAGAGAAAAGAUUUGCUUACAAUUUAUUAGAAAAAUUAAUUCAAUAUUUGGAACAGGCAAGUUAUAAAAUGAAAUCAGUUAAACCAUCUCAAGAAUUAACAAGAAGAAAUUCAUUUAAAAAAGAGGGACAAGAUGUUAAAUUUUUUGAAAAAGUUGUUUUACCAAUGAUGCAUGCAUAUUUUAAUGCUCAUAAAAAUUAUUUCUUAGAAUCUAGUAUAAUGGUACAAACAGGUACUGCAAGUAAUAAAGAAAAAGAAAUGGUUGCAUCAUUAUUUUGUAGAUUAGCUGCAUUAUUAAGAAUUAAAAAUCAUGCAUUUGGUUCUGUUGCUAAAAUUACUGUUAAAUGUUUACAAGGUCUUACUCAAGCACUUGAUUUAAGAACAUUAGUUAAAAUAAAUUCAGAUAUAAUUAGAACAGGAUUAUAUACAUUUUUUAAUAAUUGUGCUGAUGAUCUUUUAGCUGCUGUUAAUGAAUUAAAAAAUGGUGGACAAUAUAGUUUAUUAAGAGGACAAAAUUUAAAAAGUUGGAUAUCUUUAGAAUUUGCCAAUCAAAUGAUAAUUCCUUGUUUAACAACAAUGUUUCAUCAUUUAUCAAGACAUCAUUUUGGUGCUGAUAUAUUACUUGAUGAUAUACAAGCAGCUUGUUAUAAAAUUCUUGAUAGUUUAUAUAUGGUUACUGAAAUACAAUCAUCAUAUGAAACAAGAGCAACAAUAUUACAUGAAGUUGAAAAACAUAGACCAUCUUUAGGACAAUGUUUAUCAGCAUUUGCCUCAACAUUUCCUAUUGCAUUUUUAGAACCAGAAUUUAAUCAAAAUAAUAAAUAUUCAGUAUUAGCUAAAUCUGCUGAUCAAUCAGUUCAAGUACAAGAAAUGUUACAAAAUUUAUCAUCACAUAUUCCAACAUUAGAAAAUUUAAUGAUACGUAUUGAACAAACAGCACAAAAUUCUAUACCAUAUAAUGAAGCAUCAAAUGUUUAUGAUGUUGAUUUACCAUUAGCAUGUGCUUAUCUAACAUUUUGGUGGAAUAUGGGUGAUGAUGGACCUAAUACUUCACAAAAUUUAUUACCAAUUACAAGAGCUAAUAGUGAAUAUAUGAAUAGAAUAUUUUGUUCACUUUUAGCUAUGAUAAAAGAUCAUAUUGGUUGUGAAAAUGCUCAAUGGUUAUGUAGAGUAACAUAUUUUGCUGUACCAAUUAUUCAACAUGUAACAUGUGAUCCAGUUAAAGAAUAUCUUUUACCAAUAGCUGAAAAAUUAUGUACAGCAGCUGAAUUAUCAUAUAAAGAGGAAGAAAGAAUGAGAACACAUCCUGAUGAUGCUGAUGAAGGAACAGUUGCUGAAGAUAAUGCUAAAUUAGUUAGGGAUGUUUAUGCAUUCUUUCCAAUACUUAUGAAAUAUACUGAUCUUCAUCGUGCUAAAUGGUUAAAAAAUCCAAGUUGGGAAAGUGAUAGAAUAUAUGAAAAUGUUGCUGUUAUUUUUAAAAUUUGGUCAUUUAGUCAAGUUUUUAAAAGAGAAGAAUUAAAUUAUAUGGCACAAUUUGAGGAAGAUCAAAUGAAUACUGGUGGUGAAAUGAAAACAGGUAAAGCUGCUAUAGCAGAAAGAAAGAAAAAAAGAAGAGAAGGAUUUGUUACAAAAGAUAAACAUGCUAAUAGUAUAGUUAUUGCAUGUUUAAAAAGACUUCUUCCUGUUGGAUUAAAUGUUUUUGGUGGACGUGAACUUGAUAUUGUACAACAAAGUAAAGAAAAAUUUUUAAAUAAAGAAAAUGAAGAAAAAAUUAGAGAAUUUAUUAGAGGUUUAAGUGAAAUACCUGUUAAGACUGAUCCAACUGAUAAAAAUGCUUGGCAAUUAUCAUUAUAUACAAAGAUAGGUAAAAGUCAAAUGCGUGGAAAAGAUUUGAUGAAUCAAGAUGCUGUUGUUGAAAAAAUUGCUAAUAUGGGACAAGUUGUCGCUAUUCUCCAUACUAAUACACGUUUAAUUGAAAAACGAAAACGUCGUUUUUUCCGUAGUGACCAUCCAUCUGCAGCACAUCAUAGUUCAUGGAAAAAGAUGUUGUCCAGCCAAAGAAAACGUGCCGUUGUGGCUUGUUUCCGCAUGGUACCGUUAUAUGGCAUUCCAAGUAGGCAGGAGAAAGAAGACAAAUGGAAAAAAGUCUUAACACUUCAAAGAAAAAGAAUGGCUAUUUCUCUCAUUACUGCCAGUCACCUUUAUAAAGUUGAUAAACAUCGUGGUAUCAAUUUCUUUUUACCUGCAUUCUCAAAACUUUGGUUGGAGGAAGAAGAUAUUGGACAAGACAAGUUAGUACAAGAUUUAUGUGCUGAUUGUGAAGAAGUAGAGUCAUCAGCUGUAGCCAGAUUAUUUGAUGAUGAUGGUGUUUUAAUUGGUGAUGAAAAUUCUGAAAUUAUAACUAAUAUUGCUCCAGAUCCAUUAUCACAAUUAAUUCAAUGUUUCCAAAGAGCAGCAACUACAGAGGAAUCACAGGCAUUAAUUAUAGCUUCUGAUGAUUUAUAUGUAAACUUUGCUCAAGUAAUGGCUAAGUCAGUUCAUAUAGAGGAAGAAGAUGAUGAUGGAGGUGAUGAUGAUGGUGAAGUUGAUCAAGCACAAAAAGAAGAAAUGGCUCAAACAUUAAGAGCUGAACAAGCUGUUUUAGCUGAUAGAGGUGCUGCUAUAAUGUGUUUAAUGUAUAUUAGUGCAUCAAAUGGAGAACCAAGUGAAAUGGUUGCAAAAACUCUUAAAUUAGGUAUACAUUUAUUAUCUGGUGGUAAUACAGUAAUCCAGAAAAUGUUAAUUGAUUAUUUACAAUUAAAAAAAGAUGUUCGAUUUUUUACCUCCAUUGCUGGACUUAUGAAUAAUUGUUCAGUAUUAAAUCUUGAGAUGUUUGAAAGACAAAUAAAAGCUGAAGGUUUAGGUAUGGGUGCAGAAUUGGCUGCUGGAGAAAAUCAAAAUUUGAAUGAUGCAGAAUUUACAUGUGAUUUAUUUAGAUUCCUUCAAUUAACAUGUGAAGGGCAUAAUUUAGAUUUUCAAAAUUAUCUUCGUACACAACCAGGACAUACAACUAGUGUUAACUUAAUAAAUUGUAUUGUUGAUUAUUUAUUAAGACUUCAAGAAAGUGUUAUGGAUUUCUAUUGGCAUUACUCAUCAAAAGAAAUGAUUGAUGAAGGUGGGAAAGAAUAUUUCUUACGUGCUAUACAAGUUUGUAGUCAGGUAUUUAAUACAUUAACAGAAUCAAUUCAAGGACCAUGUGUUGGUAAUCAAAUGACAUUAGCUAAUUCAAGAUUAUGGGAUGCAAUUAAUGGUUUCUUUUUCUUAUUUGCUCAUAUGAUGGAAAAACUUUAUAAAAAUAGUACACAAUUAGAACUUUUGAGAGAAUUUUUAAAUUUACAAAAAGAUAUGAUUGUUUUAAUGUUAUCUAUGCUUGAAGGAAAUGUUUUAAAUGGAGCAAUUGGUAAACAGAUGGUUGAUGCAUUAGUUGAAUCACAACAAUGUGUAGAAAUGAUAUUAAAAUUUUCAGAUAUGUUUUUAAAAUUAAAAGAUUUAACAACAUCACAAGCUUUUCAAGAUUUUGAUACUAAUAAAGAUGGUUGGAUAUCACCAAAAGAAUUCCAAAAAGCUAUGGAAAGUCAAAAGAUGUAUUCAGUUGAAGAAAUUACAUAUUUAAUGAUGUGUACUGAUGUUAAUAAUGAUGGUAAAGUUGAUUAUAUGGAAUUUACUGAAAGAUUCCAUAAUCCAGCCAGAGAUAUUGGUUUUAAUUUAGCUGUUUUAUUAACUAAUCUUAAAGAACAUAUAACAUCAGAUCCUAGAUUAGAAAAAAUUAUUGAAAAAGCUAGUACUUUAUUAGAAUAUUUUGAUCCAUUUUUAGGUAGAAUUGAAAUUAUGGGAUCAAGUAAACGUGUAGAAAAGAUAUAUUUUGAGAUUCAAGAAUCAUGGUUAGAACAAUGGAGUAAACAACAAAUUAGAGAUUCUAAAAAUGCUUUUCUUUUUAAUGUUCUUCAAGAUGAUGGUGGUGAUCAGGGAAAAUUAGAAGCAUUUAUUAACUUUUGUGAAGAUACUAUCUUUGAAAUGCAACAUGCAGCUGAAAUAUCUUCUGGUGAUGGUUCUGAUAGUAAAAUGGAAAGAGCUUUAAAACAAAGAGAUUACUUUUUGAGGCAAACAACAGCUGGAACAGAGUUAACUAAAACAAUGAAGGCUGGUUAUUCAAUGGGUGUAAAUGCAGCUGCUGCUUUAAAACCAGAAAAUUUACAAAAAAGUUUUCAUCAUGUUUCAGGAAAAGUUCAUUCUAUGACAUGGUUCCAAUUAAUAUUUUCUAUUUUACAAUUUUGUUUCUUUUUUAUUAAAGAAGGAAUUUUAAUUGGUUUUACAAUUAUAACAACAUUAUUUAGAUUUUUAUAUUAUAUGACAUUAUCAGGUAAAGAAGAUGAAAUACAAAAAUCAAAUGAUAUUAAACAAGAAAGAAGAACACAUAUACCAAAACAAAAUCCAUUUACAAAAGAUUUACCAGAUUUUAAAAAUGAAUUACAUCAUGAAUAUGAUGCAUUUGGUAUACAUAUACCUCAUGAAGAUCAUUUUGAUACAAAUAAAAAUAUUUCUGAUGGUACACCACCUCCUGAUCCUGCACCAUCAGUACAUAUACCUACAGAUGAAAUAUUAAAUGUUCCAGAAAAUAAAUCUACACCAUCACCAUCAACACAUUAUUUUCAACCACCAUCACCUGGUAAUAUAAAUGAAACACAAAGUAAUAUAAGUUCUAUAAAUUAUCUUCCACCAGUAACACAACCUGAUCAAGGACCUAUAAUAUCAAAUUAUGAACCAAAAAUUGCUGAAAUAGCUGCUGCUAGAAGUAGAGGUUCAAUAUUAAAUAUGUUAGCAAGAAAUUUUAAAACAAUUGAAAAAAUGACAUUAUAUCUUGCAUUUUUUAUAAAUGUUAUUUUAUUAUUUCAUAGAGUUGAUAUAUCAACACAAAGUGAAGAAACAAUUGAAGAAACUGAAAUAUUAGAACCAACAGAUGAUGAUGAUAAUGAAAAUACAAAUGAAUUUAUUUAUAUAACAGGAGUUUCUGUACCAUAUAUAAGUUAUGAAAUUACUGGUUGGGUAUUAAGUCAAAUUUUAUAUUGGUUAUCAGUAUUUCAUGCAUUUUGUUCUUUUGCACUUUUAAUAUCAUUUUAUCAAUUAAAAAUACCACUUAUUACAUUUAAAAGAGAAAAAGAAGUUGCUAGAAAAUUAAUGUUUGAUGGUUGUUGGAUAACAGAAGAUAGUACUGAAGAACAAGGAUUAAUGGAUACAAUAACAUGGUAUUUAGAUAGAAUAGUUAUUGUAUCAAAAUCAUUUCCAAUGAAAUAUUGGGAUAAAUUUGUUAGAAGAAAAACAAAAGCUAAAUAUAAAGAUCAAGUUGAUGAAGAAACAUUAAAUAAAUUAUUAGGUGAAGAACGUGCUCCUGGUGAUACAUCAUUUGAUUAUCGAUAUAAUUGUUGGUUAUGGUUUGGUGUUAUUUUAACAAAUGCCCAAUUUUUAUAUAGAGUUGGAUAUUUAAUAUGUUCAACAUGUGGUGUUGUCAUUUCACCAUUCUUUUAUGCUUUUCAUCUUAUUGAUGUAGUAUUAUCAUUCCCUAUGUUAAAAGCUAUUCUUCAAUCUGUAACACAUAAUCUUCAACAACUUAUUUUAACUAUCAUGAUGACACUUGUAGUUGUAUAUCUUUAUACAGUACUAGCAUUUAACUUUUUCCGUAAAUUUUAUGUACAAGAAGGAGAAGAGGGAGAAGAACCAGAUAGAAAAUGUCAUAAUAUGUUAACAUGUUUUAUUUAUCAUUUUUAUGCUGGUGUUAGAGCUGGUGGUGGUAUUGCUGAUGAAAUUGAAAGUCCAUAUGGUGAUGAAUUAGAAUAUCCUAGAAUGUUAUAUGAUAUUUCAUUUUUCUUCUUUGUUAUUAUUAUUCUUCUUGCUAUUAUGCAAGGUUUAAUUAUUGAUGCCUUUGGUGAACUUCGUGAUCAACAAGAAGCAGCAACAGAAAAAUUAGAAAGUAGUUGUUUUAUUUGUGAUAUUGGUAAAGAAACAUUUGAUAGAGUCCCUAGAGGUUUUGAAAUUCAUACAACAAAAGAACAUAAUUUUGCCAAUUAUUUAUUCUUUCUUCAACAUUUGGUAAAUAAAGACGAAACGGAAUAUACAGGUCAAGAGACUUAUGUGCGUGAAAAAUACGACAAUCGUGAUUGGGAAUUUUUCCCAGUAGGAGAAUGUUUUAUGAAACAAUACGAAGAUCAAUUACUGCAAUCAUAA